CUCAGCCUGAAUCACUGUGGAUAUUUCGGGGAGGUUUAGCAGAGAAAACACGCAAAAAAGCAGGAUAAACACCGGGAAAAAGGGAGAUUUACCCCGGUGUGUUGCUGCAGGAUGGCGGACCGGGACCCGGUUCCUCUGCCGGCGGAGGUUCGGGCCAGACUGGCCGAAUUGGAGCUGGAGUUAUCCGAGGGUGAUAUCACACAGAAGGGCUAUGAGAAGAAACGGUCCAAGCUGAUUGGAGCUUUCUUCCCACAAACUCCAGGAAUGGACCCCCCGCUGGGCCAGGAGAGGAGAGGUCCGGUCACCCCCUCCUCGUCCUCACGGUACCACCGCCGGCGCUCCUCUGGAUCCAGAGACGAGCGGUACCGAUCAGAUGUUCACACAGAGGCGGUGCAGGCGGCCCUCGCCAAACACAAAGAGAGGAAGUUGGCGGUGCCGAUGCCUUCCAAGAGGCGGUCGCUGGUGGUCCAGACCUCCAUGGACGCCUACACACCACCAGAUACCUCCUCAGGCUCGGAGGGUGAGGGUCAGGGCGAUGAAGAGGAAGGAGGUGACGGUGAGGAAGAAGAAAAAGAUGGAGGAGGAGGAGGCGUUGGAGGAACAACAACGUCCAGUCGGGACGGGAGCAUCAGCAUGGAGCGAUGGAUAAACAGAGCCAUCCACGGCACCUCCUCCACCAACACCUCCUCCACGGCCUCCUCCUCCUCCUCCUCCACCCGCAGUGGGGGGAGCGGAGCGGCCGGAGGGAGGCUGGCCGACGUCCUCGCCCAACACGUCCACAUCUCCGCCCACCAGCACCACGUCAGACACCACCACCAUCAUCAUCAUCGCCACAAGACAGAGAACCACUCUGCUCCUCCAGAUGUCACCGGCUACACCAACAACUCGUCCGGCGAUGGCAUCCAGGUGGAGCGAGCGCCGGGACAGAGACAGACGCCCAAAUACGGGAACGCCGAGCUGAUGGAGACCGGAGACGGUGUUCCCGUCAGCAGCAGAGUCUCAGCUAAGAUCCAGCAGCUCGUCAACACUCUGAAGCGACCGAAGCGACCGCCAUUAAGAGAGUUUUUUGUCGACGACUUCGAGGAACUCCUUGAAGUGCAGCAGCCGGACCCCAACCAGCCCAAAGCAGAGGGGGCUCAGAUGGAGGCGCUGCAGGGCGAGCAGCUGGGGGUCGUCACCAACUGGCCCCCCUCCCUGGAGGCGGCGCUGCAGCGCUGGGGCACCAUCUCCCCCAAAGCCCCCUGCCUCACCACCAUGGACACCAACGGGAAGCCCCUCUACCUGCUCACAUACGGAAAACUGUGGUCCAGGAGUGUGAAGGUGGCCUUCAACCUGCUGCACAAACUGGGAACCAAACAGGAACCCCUCGUCAGACCUGGAGACCGGGUGGCGCUGGUCUUCCCGAACAACGACCCCGCUUCCUUCAUGACGGCGUUUUACGGCUGCCUGCUGGCCGAAGUGGUCCCUGUGCCCAUAGAAGUCCCACUGACCAGGAAGGACGCCGGCAGUCAGCAGAUCGGCUUCCUGCUGGGCAGCUGUGGAGUCAGCGUGGCUCUGACCAGCGACGCCUGCCACAAAGGGUUACCCAAGAGCCCCACCGGAGAGAUACCUCAGUUUAAAGGUUGGCCCAAGCUGCAGUGGUUCGUCACAGAAUCCAAACAUCUGUCCAAACCCCCCCGAGACUGGUUCCCCCACAUCAAGGACGCCAACCAGGACACUGCAUACAUCGAGUACAAGACGUGUAAAGACGGCAGCGUCCUCGGGGUGACGGUGAUGAGGAUCGCCAUGCUCACCCACUGCCAGGCCCUCACACAGUCCUGCUCCUACACAGAGGCGGAGACCGUGGUGAAUGUUUUAGACUUCAAGAAGGAGGUGGGGCUGUGGCACGCCGUCCUCACUAGUGUGAUGAACAUGAUGCACGUCAUCAGUAUCCCGUACGCUCUGAUGAAGGUCAACCCUCUGUCCUGGAUCCAGAAGGUCUGCCAGUACAAAGCUAAGGUGGCGUGUGUGAAGUCUCGGGACAUGCACUGGGCUCUGGUGGCUCACAGGGAGCAGAGAGACGUCAACCUGAGCUCCCUGCGCAUGCUGGUGGUGGCCGACGGUUCCAAUCCCUGGUCGAUCUCGUCGUGCGACGCCUUCCUGAACGUCUUCCAGACUAAAGGUUUGAAACCAGAGGUCAUCUGUCCCUGCGCCAGCUCCCCUGAAGCCCUGACUGUAGCUCUGAGGAGACCGCUGGAGGAGGGCUGCUCCCCCCCCGGCCGAGGCGUGCUCUCCAUGCAGGGUCUGAGUCACGGGGUGAUCCGGGUGGAUUCUGAGGAGAAGCUGUCGGUGCUGACGCUGCAGGACGUGGGCUCCGUGAUGCCCGGAGCUCAGCUCUGCAGGACGGAUGAGGUCGGAGAGUUGUGUGUUUGCACUGUCGCCACGGGAACGUCGUACUACGGCCUCACCGGCAUGACCAAAAACACGUUCGAGGUGUUCCCGGUGACCAGCAGCGGGACCCCCCUCUCUGAGUUCCCCUUCACCCGGACGGGGCUGCUGGGCUUCAUCGGGCCGGCCGGGCUGAUCUUCGUGGCGGGAAAGAUGGACGGGCUGAUGCUGGUGGGAGGCCGGCAGCACAACGCCGACGACAUCGUGGCCACCGCGCUCGCUGUGGAGCCCAUGAAGUUCGUCUACAGGGGGAGGAUCGCGGUGUUCUCCAUCACGGUGCUUCACGAUGAGAGAAUCGUGGUGGUGGCGGAGCAGCGGCCCGACUCCACCGAGGAGGACAGCUUCCAGUGGAUGAGCCGCGUGCUGCAGGCGAUAGACGGCAUCCACCAGGUGGGGGUGUACUGCCUCGCUCUGGUUCCCUCCAACACUCUGCCUAAAACUCCUCUGGGGGGCAUCCACCUGUCAGAGACCAAGCAGCUGUUCCUGGAGGGGGCGCUGCACCCCUGCAACGUGCUCAUGUGCCCCCACACCUGCGUCACCAACCUGCCCAAACCCCGCCAGAAACAACCAGAGAUUGGCCCUGCCUCAGUGAUGGUUGGUAACUUGGUGUCGGGGAAGAGGAUCGCUCAGGCCAGCGGUCGAGAUUUGGUUCAGAUCGAAGACAAUGACCAGGCAAGGAAGUUCCUCUUCCUGUCCGAGGUGUUACAGUGGAGAGCGCAGACCACUCCAGACCACGUGCUGUACACACUGCUCAACUGCAGGGGUACGAUAGCCAGCUCUCUGACCUGUGUGCAGCUUCACAAGAGAGCGGAGAAGAUCGCCGGGAUGUUGGCGGAGCGAGGACACCUGCAGGACGGAGACCAUGUGGCUCUAGUCUACCCUCCAGGUAUCGAUCUGAUCGUGGCGUUUUACGGCUGUCUGUACGCCGGCUGCGUUCCCAUCACGGUGCGCCCCCCCCACCCUCAGAACAUCAGCACCACGCUGCCCACCGUCAAGAUGAUCGUGGAGGUGAGCCGCUCGGUGUGUGUGAUGACGACGCAGCUCGUCUCCAAACUGCUGAGGUCUAAAGAAGCCUCGGCGGCCGUGGAGAUCCGGAGCUGGCCCCCCAUCAUGGACACAGAUGAUUUGCCAAAGAAGAAACCUCCUCUGCUGUACAAACCCUCAAACCCCGACAUCCUGGCCUACCUGGACUUCAGCGUGUCCACCACCGGCAUGCUCGCUGGAGUCAAGAUGUCUCACACAGCCACCAGUGCCUUCUGCCGCUCCAUCAAGCUGCAGUGUGAGCUGUACCCCUCCCGAGAGGUGGCCAUCUGCCUGGACCCGUACUGCGGCCUGGGCUUCGUGCUCUGGUGCCUCUGCAGUGUGUACUCGGGGCACCAGUCCAUCCUGAUCCCCCCCUCAGAGCUGGAGCUCAACCCCUCCCUCUGGCUGUCGGCCGUCAGUCAGUUCAAGGUCCGAGACACUUUCUGCUCCUACAGCGUCAUGGAGCUCUGCACCAAGGGACUGGGGCUGCAGACUGACUCCCUGAAGGCUCGGGGGCUGGACCUGUCCCGGGUCAGGACCUGCGUGGUCGUAGCGGAGGAGCGUCCUCGCACCGCCCUCACUCAGUCCUUCUCCAAACUCUUCAAGGAUCUGGGCCUCCACCCGCGGGCCGUCAGCACCUCCUUCGGCUGCCGGGUCAACCUCGCCAUCUGCCUGCAGGGCACCUCAGGACCCGACCCCACCACCGUGUUCGUUGACAUGAGAGCGCUACGACAUGACAGGGUCAGACUGGUGGAGCGGGGGUCUCCUCACAGCCUUCCUCUCAUGGAGUCUGGGAAGAUCCUGCCGGGGGUCCGGAUCAUCAUCGCCAACCCGGAGACCAAAGGACCAAUGGGAGAGUCGCACCUGGGAGAGAUCUGGGUGCAGAGCGGCCAUAACUCCAGCGGGUACUUCACGGUGUACGGAGACGAGGCGCUGCAGUCCGACCACUUCAACUCCAGGCUGAGCUUCGGAGACACGCAGACCCUCUGGGCUCGAACCGGGUAUCUGGGGUUCCUGCGGCGCACCGAGCUGACGGACGCCAGCGGGGAGCGUCACGAUGCUCUGUACGUGGUCGGGGCUCUGGAGGAGGCCAUGGAGCUCAGAGGGAUGCGUUACCAUCCCAUCGACAUCGAGACCUCCGUCAUCCGGACGCACAAGAGCAUCACCGAGUGCGCGGUGUUCACCUGGACCAACCUGCUGGUGGUGGUGGUGGAGCUGGACGGAUCGGAGCACGAGGCUCUGGAUCUCGUGCCCCUGGUAACCAACGUGGUGCUGGAGGAGCACUACCUGAUCGUGGGCGUUGUCGUGGUCGUGGACAUCGGCGUCAUCCCCAUCAACUCCCGUGGCGAAAAGCAGCGAAUGCACCUCCGCGAUGGAUUCCUAGCCGACCAGCUGGACCCUAUAUAUGUGGCGUACAACAUGUAGCGCCCCCUGGUGGAUAACAUGGAGGCGGAGGAAAGGAAAAAGAAGUUCUGCCCCAGAGACUGAAACUAUAAAAAAAACGGAGUCAGACUUUUUUUUACGCUGAUUCGUCGCUACGUGCUGCUGCCAACUUAGCUCCCAAAAAUCCAGUGGUUGUGUUGUAUUAGCGCUCAGGCCGUGCUUUUAUUUUGAAGGAUGCAAAAUGUGCAGCAAACUCCAUUCAAAGCAAGAAAGUUCUUUCCUUUUUUUACCCGAAAUAAGUGUCAAUCCUGGAGGCGGAGAAGAGGACAAUCGCUAACGAAGAUUCUGGUUUUUAAAUUGCGUUUUCAAGUAUUUGCUUGUUUGUUUUUUCUUUAACAUAAAAAAAGUUCAGGCUAUUUUUUGAUAUUUACACAAAAACAAACAUCUGUGGCAUAGAUGAUAUUUUAUCAAAUCACAGAGAGCGGGGUAUGUUUUGAUACGAAGGUCGGGUCGCAGCGAACUUUACGAUGAGGUACGACACGCUUGAUUCAUGCUAGCUUGUUGUUUUUGUUUGUUUUGUAAACGUUACUUUGUUUAUUAUUUUCCGAACCGUCCGUCCCGUUUCAGCGGGAGAUCAGUGUGCUAAUAGCUAACAGCUGCAGCCUUUAACUCCAGUUACUGUUCAACAACACAUCAUUUCAUAUCAUGUAAGUAUGUACAAAAAGAAACUGAUUUAAUUUAUUUUGUUUCUCUUUUAGAAGUUUAUGAUGAGACAUUCAAGAAUGUUUUGGUCUUGAAUAUUUGCUAUUAUUAAAAAAAAACACCUAAAAAGCAUUGUAUUAUCUGGAGGGAAACACAUUCAUGGACGGGGAAAUAGAAAUAUAUAUAAUUAUAGAUUAUAUCAAACGUUAGGGAUUCACAGAAUAAAGACACAGGUCGACCUGCAUGUUGGUCUGAAAUGUUUAAAUCAGUGAAAUUAUACGUUUUUAGGAGUUUUAUUCCACAUGAAGAACCAACUCUUUUAUUAUAUUAAAGGUAGGGUAGGUAAGUUUGAGAAACCAGCUAAAGAUACACUUUUUGUUAUAUUCCAUGGAAUGCUCUUAACAUCCC